AUGGAACGUGUGCGCCAGUUUCAGAUGGCAGGCCUUACCAGGUGGUACAAGUCUGGCAUUGUAAGUGGAGACUGUGUUCAGGAGGAGCUGGCCUUCCUUGAGGAGAAGCUGACCACUGCAGAGGCUGCAGAAUUCCGAUGGUGGGCUUGGGCUCAAGUUUUCACAAAAAACAAGCUCGGGUACAGCGCUGAAGACUUGCAUCUCAAAGCUCUUGAGGUGCAGAGCAUUCUGGGUGCCACAAAGAACAUAACAGAAAAGCCUCGGUCCAUGAGGGACAUGCAUUUGGAGAUGAAAUGCCCAAAGAUAGGGCUUGAUCUGUUGCUGGAUUCUUCUGGGGAUUAUUUAUCCAUUCUGCACAUGUCCAUGAGAGGGAUAUCCCUGGAAAUGCAACUGGGUGACAGUGAGCUGAAGUAUCAGAGUGGCCAUGGCCCUGCACAAGUGUGGUCAUCUUGCAGCUCACUUGAGUUUACACAUGACGCAAUUUCAUCACUGCGACCUGGAACCACAGCUGGGGACGGCUGGUCUGCAGAGUCAUGGAUUCUGCAAAGUCCACCUCUUAGCUCCCCUGCAUCUUCGCAACAGAACUUUCUUGACCUCAUCUUCCAGAAGUAUCCACUACAGUCCCUCCAGCCGCGCUCUCUCCAGCUCAACGUGGCACCAAUAGAUACUGCCUUUGUUGAGGAGUUAGUGUGCAAAAUUGCCUUAUUCGUGGCGGAGGGUGUGUCUUUGCAUGGGAAGGAAUUCAUGAUCAUGCAGACUCUCAGUGUGCGGUCCCUUGUCGAGGAGGCGCUUGAGGACACCAGCUUUCAAGGGCGUGCCAAGGCCCAGCCGACCCCAACACAGGAACUUGUCCUGAAGAUGGAGGUUGGCGAUGUGCGAUUUCUGCUCCCAUGCCAUGGCUAUGACUAUUUGAAGGAUUCGCCCCCUCGCAAGCCACGCUUGACAAAGCGGCUGUCCUGGAACAGCAGGCCGUCAGGGGCACAACGCUCCCCACUGCAUUUUGGAGGCCAUGACUCAGAUGAGACUGUAUUGGUGCUGGUGUUGGGAGGCUUUGUCAUCAGCACUGAAACGCAUGCGCCAGCCCGGCAUCUGUCAACCACAAUUGGUUUAGAGGUGGGAUAUUCUGGCCAACUGGGCCAAAACCCUCAGGCCAGCCAAGAUGGGUCAGCUGGAUCCAGCCAUGGAUCAGAAUGGAGCAUAUCAGCUGAGAAUGAAGAUUCUUCCCCCUUCACCUCUCCUGUAGCAAAACAUGCUGGGAGCCUCAUUCGCUGCAACACAAUUCAGAACUUGGAAACCCCCCCUGGGGCAACAACGCUCGAGAAAGUGUCAGUGCAGUUCACCCUCCGUGCCUUCCUUGCUGAGUUGGGCCCUGCCUGUAGUGGCAUAUCCUCACAGCAAGUGUGCGUUCUUGAACCUGUCAAGCUGCACACGACAUUGCACCACUGGCUGGAGAUGACAGCAACAGACACCUACCAACAAGUUGUUGAGGUGCACCUCUUGACAACAACAUUGCAUGCAUACAUAUCACCGUUUGCCAGUGGUGAGUUGUUUCACCUGUUGGCAAGCCUGAAGCGAACAAUGAAGCAUUGCCUGAACGUCAGCAGCAUUGACUUUGGAGGUCUGCAGAAAGAGCAGCCAAGGAGUGUGCCAGACAGAACGAGCACGACUGAGAAAUCCAGGAAGCCGCAAGUAUCAGUCAGCCUGUCGUGGCGUUUCCAUCAAGUCAUUCCAGAUGCCAGAAUCUCCCUUGCCCGAAGCAGCUACCUGGCUGAUGAUGUGACUGAGAGGUUUGCUCAGGUUGGCUACUUCCAGCUGAACGACAUCGAUGUCCUGUCAUCAGUGGACCGAACGACUGCCAACAUAACAUUUAGCCUUGGCAGUGUGUCGGCUGCCAUUCGGAAAGACAGGUGUGGGCUGAACUCCAAGAAGGGCAGCAUGGGUCACUUCAACCUAUUGCAUCCAGUCCCUGCUGCAGUGCGCAUGUUGUCACAGGAGCGGAUGCUGCAGACAAGGGUGUUUCGCGCUUGGCGGGCACUUGCAAAGAACGAGCUGAAAGCCCGGAUUGCUGAUGGUAGUCUGGAGACCCAACCUGCACAGAUUUAUGGCCAGAUCACAAAGACGCAAGAGGACAGCGUGGUUUCCAUUGUCAGCAGCUUUCUGGUGCUGAGCCUGGACAACCAGGUCCUGCAGCAGUGUUUAGGGUUCCUCAAGGACAAUAUGGAUGCCCUUCACAAGGUGGAGAAAGACAGUCGCCAUACGGAGAAAACGAAGGUCAAGAAGGGUGAUGCUUCACCAGUUAACAGCUUCCGAAGGAGGGGAAAAUCUCAGGUCGCAGAUGCCACCAGUGAACAGUCAGAUGGCAGGAUGCUGCCUCAACGAACCAGCAGCUUGCAGGCGACAGACACCGUUGCAGCUACAGACGAGUCCCCAGAGCGUGGCACAAGCUGUAAGAACGUGUCAGGCGAUUUCAAAUUCGGCUGCAUCCGGGUUACCUUCAGUGUGGAUGACCAGCCCUUGGCAGUUUUGUUUGCGGAGGGGGUGGAGGGAGAGCUGGAGUUGCGCAUCUCACCCAGGAGCACACGCCUGAUACUGGAUGUGUGCGAUCUGAAAGUUAUUGAUCGGCUGCACUCUUGUGAACGGUACAAGCACAUUUUGGACAGCAACAUCAAGCACACCAGCAGCUACGAUGGGGGUCAGUGCCAUGUUCAUGUCGUCCUUGUUCAAGAGCCUCCAUGCCUCCACGGGAAAAUCCUGUCGUGCAGUUCUGGAGAGAUGACCAGGGCCAGCAGUGGGACAGCAGGUUCACACAAACGGGGCAAUGGCAUUUGCAAAUCUGAUAUCGAGGCUCACAAGGAGUGUCCCCUUGAUACCUUUGUGCGUGUGAAGAUAUCUGAUAUCCACAUCAGCCUAGUUGUCCGAUUUCUCAAGGACAUCAUGCAUCUAGUGAAGAGGCUCGAGGCAACUGCGCAUUCACCUGGAUGGACAAGUGUAGCCCCCACCACGCCAAGUGUCCAGCCGCCGUGCAGUGAGGGUUGCUUGCUGAUGGAGGUCGAACUCCUAAACUUCAGGCUCGAAAUUCCACGGUGCUCCUGGUCCACAGAGUUCUACAGCAUCUGUGGAAAUAAGGCAAUUGUUGUCUUCCCAUCGUCUGAGGAAAAGGUUGCAAUGAUGAGAGCCAAGUUUGGCAUCAACUCUGCAAUGUGUUCCUCAAAAGGCGAGGGCCACCUUGAUGCAGCAACUUGGUCCAAUAUGAGCGUGAGGGUUGCUCACCAACAAUUGACGUGCUGCGGGCCUUUCUUCACAUGCAGUAAUUCCGAUUGUAGAUUGGCAGACUUUGCAGAGAUGGAUGAAGAAUUCUAUGCCCAAUUUAGCCACAAUUGCUGCCAAGGGCUGGAUGAGAGCCCAGUUGUUGGCAUUGCAAUAGAGGGUCUUGAGGGAUAUUGGGCGGAAGAAAUGAAGCAAGGAGGCUUCACCUGGCGCCAUGUUGUGGAUGGAGCCAAUUUGGUUGGAAGAGUCCUGUUGUCCCCGAAAAUGAUGAUCAAGGUUUGGUGGCCCCGGGUUCGUGCUGUCUUUGGCGAUUUGCAGUUCAACCUUCUAAUGGCAGUGCUGUACGAAAAUGCCAACGAGUCAAAUAGCUUUGAACCGCCACCACCCCACAUUGUGCUACCUGGAGAGCAUCUGCCACCGGCGCCCCCCCCGCCCGAGACGCUUGGGAUAAGCGUCUGUUCAACGUUGGAAUGGGAGUUGGAUAUCCACUUUGCACAGUUCUCCGUUUUGGCAGAAAAGGAGUCUUCACCUGAUGAUGAGCUGCCCAGCGCUUUCGUGUCUGGCUUUGGAGACCGCCCAGUGGGUGUGAAAGUGGCCCAGGCACUUCUGCAAGAUGCGGGUGUGUGCAUUGAGCAGUUCUCUUGUGGGUCAAUGAGGAUUAGGGUCAUGGCUAUGGGCAUCAGGAUUGAAGACAUACGACCAUCACAGGUGAGAACUGGGGUUGUAGUCCUCAAUGUGGAUCCACCACUGACCAGGCGAGGUGAUAAUGCCACUAUAAGGCAGUUCCCAUGGGCAUCUGCACCUAGGGGCAGGCUGCUGGACAUGCGAGAGAGCAUGCACUACCGAUCGCCAUACGAUGAGAGACAGUCCCCAGGCCCCUCCAAUGCCCCACAGCCGACUUCUGCAAAUGCCUGCAAGUCACCCAGGCCUGGAACACCCCAGAUGCCGGACACAUUCGAUCAUUUCUUCUCGGAGCACGGCGAUGGGGGCUUCUUAUUGGACUAUGUUAUUCAGACUGUCCCGCCACUCCAGGAAUGUGGUCCUCAUGUCAUGGACCUGUUGUUGUUGAAGGCUCACUUGUGCUGGCCGUACGUGAUGGACAUGUCGUGGCUGAUGGACAUAUCCAACAUUUACAGCGGUUACUUCUGGGCUCCAACAUGUUCGCCGCAUCCCCUUCAGAUGGCCCCUGACAAUUGGUUCUACAUCAAUGUGGUGCUCUCCAAGUCAGAAGUCUUUGUCCCUGUGGGGCCAGAGUGGAGGAGACCCAGGGCAUUGGCAUCUCGCCAAGGUGGGCAGGGCCUCAAACUGUCGUGGGACAGCCUUCGAGUGGGCUACUAUUGGGGUGGUGACCAGGAAACCACAGUGCGUGUGGACUCGCAAGGGCUCCAGGGCAGCGUUGCAGGGUCUGGCGCAGAAACAGAUCGAACCGUUGUCAUGCCCUUCAGCACAUUUUUGGACGUAAAUUGGCACAACCCAAAGUCAAGCCAACAGAGGAGAUCAAUGAUUCUCACAGUUUGGGGGAGCAAAAUCGCGGCAGUUUCUGGAUUUAAGCAGAUUCCGCUUUUUCAAUCCCUAAUUAGUCUGCUGCGACAAAGCAUGACAAGUAUGGAGGUAAUGUCCGCGCCGGACACCAUUGAGGAGGACACAGUUGAGCCCGAAUUCCGUGCAACCAUCAGCAAGGUGCAGGUCGAUGUGGAUUGCAUUCAGUUCCGGCUGGAUGACGACCGACGUGGGCACCCCAUUGUGGUUCUGGAGCUUGGUCUCAAUCGUGUGCAUGGCAGCAUUGGCUGGGAGCAACUCAGGGAGGAUCAGCCUGUUGUGUCCAUAGCAAGUCUCACAUCCUUGCUUGAGGCGAACUACCUCAAUAGUGGCCUGGAUUCCAUGGAGGCCUUUCUGGAGAGUUGGCCAUUCACCAUCGAGUACCGAGAUGUUGGUGCCCACAGGGCCAUCUCCACCUCAUCCAAGUCUCGGCUCAACUUACUGCUCAGCCCAUCUGGCCUUCGGUCUCUGGGUGAUCUGGUGGCAUUUGUCGAAGGCAUGGGCACUGCCAAGCUGGCACACGGCCCAAGGCAUGCACCGUCACACUCCAUUGUGCCGCUCUUGAUGGGGUCUUACGAAAUUCAGAGCUGUGCAAAUGCUGCCCUGAAGCUCUACAGACUGAAGAACAGGUCUGGCAUGUGCCUGACAUACUGGGUCGAGCAAGCAGGUGCUGCUGCGCCCUUGGACAACAGCACAACAAAUUUUGUGUCGGUCGAGGAGGAAGUCGACUUGGCUGCUGACCCUGUUGAGAAAGUUGUCUCGCUGCCAGGAUUGGAUGCCCAUCAGCAGGUCAGUGCCAGGACGAUGUCCAUGCAAUUUGAGGGAAAUUGGGAUCCAAUAGUUGACAUCAUUGUUGACAAGGUUGGCAAGUACGUUUAUGACCUGAAGUCGCCUAUGGACGGUAUGAUCCUUCCCAUCGUCAUGGAUGUCAGUCUGCAAGAACGCACCAAGGUUCUGACGGUGCAUUCACCAUACCGCAUUGAAAACCGUACAACGAUUCCCCUGGAAUUUCGAAUGAACCUGAUGGCACACCAGGAUCGCCACACGGGCCUCAGACGCUGCUUUGGUGCUGGCUACCGCAUCCCUCGCACUGGUCACCUUGAGCCAGGCGACUUUUGCUAUCUGCCCGUUCCUGCUUGCAUGGGUGCGCUGCUGUACUUGAAGGCAGCAGGCUACCAGCGGGCUGAGAAGGAUGUCAUCCGAAUCCAAGGGGACCUUAACCAGCAACAAGGAUUGUAUACAUGCCCAUCCAGGGGCGGCGGGCACAGCUUCCACUGCUGCAUGGAGCUGUGCAAUGUCCCAGUCAAAAAGCUGUCCAACGACCUGAGGAACGACGCCUGCAGGGUCAUGGAGGUCCAUGAGCACGUCCUCAACUUUCACCCGCCCCUCACCAUCCACAACACGUUGCCAGUCCGCAUCGAGGCCACCGUCCUGGACUCUGUGGCCAUCGAGCAUGACCAGAAGCUGGCCAUCGAGCCCAGCGAGGCCGUCCCGGUGUACGACUUCGACCAUUCCCACACGUUGAAGCUCCAUGUGGGGAUGGGGACCUCCCUAGCCAGCCAAUCCCCAGCAAUAAUCAUGCCGGUGCCUGUCCGGGGCCUGGGGCCCAUCCACAGCCAGCUCAUCUCAUCAACUGUGCCGUCCAAGGACCUAGAACUUGCUCAGACGGCCGAUGGGCCUCUCCCUGGGGGCCACAGGCUGAGGGGGACCAGCCUGCGCGUGAGGCUCCACCACAAGGUGAUGGGCGAGAGCGGUGCACGAUGCGUGACGGUUUUCAGCAGGUACUGGAUCGUGAACAAGACAGGCAUGCCACUGGAGUUGAGGGAUGCAAAGACGCAGGCGUACCCGCCUGUGUGCACACCCAUCAUUGCGGCACCUGUCCGCCAGUCUGGGGAGGCAUCAGCAGAAGAGUCGGGACAGGAGGCGCAAACAGAUGUGCCUGUGUUGUUCAAUUCGAAGAGGGGAGCCAUGUGCGUGGGAAUCACUGUCGCAGUCUGGUCAAAGCCGGUGAAUCUCGACUCCGUGGGAAUGAUGGGCUGCAUUCAAGUUCUGGGCCCUCCACGGCCGUGCAGGACGGCCUCCACUGCCAGCGACGGCCUUGACGACACAAGCCCAGAUGCCGACAUUGAGCCCAUCAUGCCACAUGGCCACAGCUCCAAGAGGUCCUUUUCCAGUCGUAACAUAAUGGCAAUGGCCGUAUCCGACAUUGCCGCAAGGUCAAGGCGGGUUCAUGCAUCAGCUGAGUGGAAACUCUUGACAGCGAUGCAGCGGACAUCACCCCGUUCCACACCCCCACGCUCCCCAAAGUCAGGACAGGGUCAGCCAUCCCGGGUGCUGGAGAGCGGUGCUGAAAGCGGCGCAGAGAGUGAAGCAGAAGGCUGGUGGUCUGCAGAAGAGGAAGAAAAGAUGCCGCGCUUGUCCAAGGAGCCGCCCAGGAACUCCCUGUACGAGUUCAACGUUGCCGUGGGAAUCCCGCCCUCUCUCUUUCACCACACAAAGAUCAUUACCCUCACGCCCCGCUUCAUUCUUAUCAACACGUCGGGCCAAACCCUGGAGUACGGCCAGAAGACGACGUGCAUGGUGUACAGCUUUGAGAACGGCCAGUCUGCAUCACACCACUGGUACGACUCCAACGCGCCCCACGAGCUGUGUGUGCGGCCAGCCAACGACUGCCACUGGUCUGGGAGCUUCAGGCUGGAUGAGGUGAACGACUUUGGGCUGCGCAUCCGUAGGAAGUCGACCAGGGAGUUCCUGAUCCUGCCUGUGGACAUAUCCCUAAGGGGGGAGUCUCUGGUGUGCAACAUCAGCAGGCAGCAGGAUGUGCCGCCAUACAGGAUCGAGAACAGAUGUGCUGCUGUUACCAUCAAGUUCCAGCAGAGGGAUGUGUUCAGAGAAUGGGAGACGCUCAGGCCCAUGAGGUGUGUCGACUAUGCAUGGGACGAGCCUUCCCUGGCGCACAAAAUGAGGGUCACAGUCGAUUCGGAUGCCCUUAACGUCAGGGAACCCAACAUUCACGAAUACAACCUGGACAAUAUCAGGCCCCAUCCCACCAUCGUCAUCCAUCGCGGAAUCAAGUUCAGGAUGGCACAGAUGGGGCGCAACCUCCUCCAGAACCGGCACUCGGGGGAUGCCCCCGACUCGGACGUUGUCUACGUCCAUGUGUGCGUGCUGGCAGAGGGCCCCACCAGGAUCCUGAGGUUCAGCGACCAGGCAGAUCAGUACACGCGCAGCACCAGCGAGGAGACGCUUGUGGUGCUGCAGGCAAAGAUGGAGAGAAUGAAGCGUUUCAUCGACGACGUCAACAGGCAGCUGGAGAGCUUUGCUGAUUUCCAAGGGGUGGAUGUGGACAUGAUGCUUGGCAAGCCCGCAUUCCGACACUCUGAAGAGAAGGCGCAUUUGGAGAACCCCUCUGUGCCAAGGCUGCAGAAGAAAGCGAGCAUCCUUGGCAGAACCAUCGACGAGGCUGAAGUUGGAGCCAGCAUGGAAUCCGAAAUGGUGUUGGAGAGCAUCGAUAGGGAGGGUGCCGCCCAGGCCCCUGGGCCCCUCGUGCAGGAAGGCGGCGGGAAAGGAAAGAUGAGCAGAGUCUGGGGCAUGUUUGGAAAGGCCAGGCGAGAAAAUACCCGUGAACCUCAAGAUGGGAUUUCCAUGAGGGUGCUGAGCGAAGCGUCCAGGCCCUCUGACACCCCAUUGCUCGAUGUGAAUGGCGACUCCAGCCGAACGGUGGUCGAUCUGACUGCCAGUGUCGAUGGGGAAGAGAUAAAGUGCAGAGACUCAGAGGCUUGCACAAGCAGCUUGGCAUGUGACGUUGUUCCUGUGCAGCUGCCCAAUAUUACUGCAUCUCCCUAUGAGAGGGGAAUCGUGCAAUCGGCGACGCAGAUUGACAUCGGCAGUGGGGGUGAUGCUGCUCAGCCUGUCUUCACGCCGGCUAUCUGGCCCACAUCAGACGUGUCCGCAUCAUCGUCCUCAUCCCAGAAGCUGGACCCGGCUGGGCAGAGGAGGAGUGGCGUGCUGGUGCCCAACCUUGCAAGGAGCACCAGCCUGAACUCCCAGUCGGAUGCACCAGAAAUGGAUCCCAAGCUGUGCCUGGAGCAGGUGGCAAGGAAGAAGCUUGCACGACAGAAGUUGACUGCGGAGCUGUACGGUGUGUCCACCUCCAUGAUGAAAGACAUCGACGAAAUGGGGGAAGAAAUCCUGGGCGGGGAGCUCGUCGUUCAUGUGGUGGCCGCAAAGGGCCUCGCAUGCAACAUGAUACCAACCAAGGCAAGGAAGAGGGGUGUACGGACCUUCAUACGGCGGCAGGGAAAUUUCACCGGCUUCAAGUCCAUCCUUGCAUCUGACAUGGAAGUCUUCUGCGCCCUGAAGUGCGAGGGCACCGAGAAGCGCACUGCACGAGUGCCCAUUGGGUUCAAGGCAACAUGGGAUGAGGAGGUGACAUUCAAGUCUGUGCCUGUGAGUGCCCACCUGAUGGUCGUGCUGUACGGCAAGAGCAUGCUGGGCAUGGACACAUUUCUUGGGGAGGUCGUCAUACCACUGAGGGAGGUGGAGGACACAAUGAAGGCUGGAGACAGUGACGUGCGGGCAUACACGCUGGGCAGGAGGAAUGUCAGGGAAAGGGUCAGCGGCGAGAUCUACCUGUCCAUUGGCUGGCGCAUCACACCCCUAGACCGUGUCACACUCAAGGUACGUGCCUUGGAGGACGACCUCAAGGACAGGCAGGAGUUGCUGGCCAUGCUGACUCAGCGCUAUGUGCGAGCGGGGGAUUCUCUGGCGAGUGACGUCGCAGGCGACAGCCAGAGUGAGGUGUCGCUGCCCACCCUGAAAGCCAAUGGCCUGCUCGAGGUCAAGGUGGUGGAAGCCAAGAACCUGGUGUUGCCGCACGACAGGCUCAUGUCCUUCUAUACCAUGGAUGCGUAUGCUGUGGUGAUAUGCCAGAGAGAGGCGGGCAGCUUCUCAAAGCUCACAAAGAUUCAAAGGAACCGCAUUAAUCCACGGUGGAACCAGGAAUUCAGCUUCGACGAUGUGGGGCUGUCCUCCAACAUUGUGGUGCAGGUGUUUGACCGCAGGAGGGUGGGAGCCGACGAUUUCCUUGGGCAGGUGUCUAUUCCUGUACAGAAUCUGAAGGAUGGCAACCCACACUACGCGUGGAUGGAACUGCAACGCCAUCCCAACCUGAAGUUUAGCAGGGUGGGUGGCCAAAUCCUGUUGCGCCUGAAAUGGGGCACAGGGGAUUCGGAUGAAGGCGACUCGGGUGUUGGCAUUCUGGUCAACUUGUCCCUCAAGGGCAUUGGCAUAUCCUUGGUGGAGGCAUCGCACAUCACACUCCCCAGGGAACUCAUGCACCUGGUCCUGGACACCGUGGACGUGGAGUACCGCCGGGUGGGACACAACGAGUCGGGGCGUCUGGUGGUUCGUGCCAUCCAGAUGGACAACCAACUGCUGACCUCCAACCACCCCGUGGUGUUUGCGCACUCUGUGCGGCCGCAGCAGGUGCCUGGUAGCUCUGACGGUGCGUCGUCCAGCCCACGCCCAGUGCUGGAAGUGGCGUUGGAGAAAAUCAACCAGAACCCUGGGCUGCAGCACUUCCAGUACUUCAACUUCCUGCUGCAGGAGAUGGAUCUCAUUCUGGAGGAGAACUUCUUGGACCUGAUGCUCAAGUGGUUUGAGGACAUGUCCCAGGAGUAUGCCUCCCAGCACAGCGGCGGCCACAGCCGUGGCGACCAUAGACGGACCAGCAGCAGCCUGGCGGCGCAGCCAGAGGUGCAUGCCAUCCUGGAGGAAGUCAUGAAGCCCUGUGACAUGGGCCCAGUGGACGCCACGCAGAGGAAGGGUGACCGCUGGUACUUCGAGGUGUUGAAGAUCCAGCCCAUAAAGGUCAAUGUCACCCUGCUGCCCACGCCCGGCUUCAAGAACAAUCCGGAGGCGUCGCGGCGGUACAGCACGGCAAAGGCGCUGGGGCUGAACCUUUUCGACUUCCACAACGUGCCACUUCGCAUAAACGCCAUGAUGCUGCGGAAUGCCUUCAUGAGGCCCAGCGAGUUGGUCAAUCAGAUCGCACGCCAUGUGACGCUCCAGGUUCUGAAAGACGUGCACAAGAUCCUCGGGUCUGUGGACAUCUUGGGCACGCCCAUCAAGCUGGGCAGUUCCCUCAUCACUGGGGUCGCCAGCUUUUUCUACGAGCCCGCCAAGGGCAUCGUGCACAGUCCAGAGGCCUUCACCCGGGGCCUGGCCGCAGGCACCAUGAGCUUAAUCAAGAACUCCAUGUACGGCGUGUUCGACACAGUGAGCCACGUGACAGGCGGGGUCAGCAAGGGCCUGGCAGCGCUGUCACUGGACGAUGUCUACUAUCAGAGGUUCCAGUCGAGGCACGGCACCAACAGGGAGAACGUCAUCCAGGGCUUUCACACGCUGGGCUGGGGAAUCGUGAACGGCGUGACGGGCAUUGUCAUGGACCCGGUGGUGGGUGCGGCGGAGGGCGGCGUCAAGGGCUUCGCCAAAGGCGUGUGCACCGGCGUCGUGGGCAUUGUCACUAAACCCACCUCUGGCAUGCUGGAGUGCUUUGCAAAGGCGGCACAUGGCAUUGGGGGGGGCAUCAAGACUCUGGGAGACGAGGUUGAACACGUGCAGCUCACGCGCAUUCGCCACCCUCGGAGCUUCGGCGCCAAUCUGGGCCCCCAAGCAGGCAGCGACGUCGAAAACAAGUGGCGGAAGCUGACGGCCAAGCUGGCGGGCGGCAAGUACCACGACGACAUUGUCAUGGAUUACAUCAUCCAAGCCACGAAUGCGCUCAUCAUCACAGACAGGAACCUUAUAUACUGCAAUUUCGUCAAGGAGCGCCAGAAGUGGGCCCUGCUGCUGUCCACCGUCACCUCCGUCAGCGUGUUCGCGCACGACGUGCUCAUACACUUCUCGUACGAGCUCCAGAUCAGGGGGCGGCGCGUGAAGAUCCCGUCUCGCAAGCGUGUGGUCUGCCCCACCCGCGACCUGAGGUCCUCCAUGCUCGUCAAGGUCAACCACGCCAUCCGGAAGGAUAGGGACGGCGGCAGGUCGCCGCAGGGGGAGAGCGAGAUGGGAGGAGAACGAGAGGAGGCCGCCUCGGACGACGGGGUGUCGUCCUUCUCGCCGGACAAGGAUUUGAGAUUGAUGAAUGCAGCCCCGCCCCAGCCGUUGGACGACGACGGGAACUGGCACAUCACGGACGGCCCCGGAGGCGGCGCAGUUCAGGAGGCCAGGAGGUACGCCAGGUCGGGGGUCAAUAAGAGGGACCCGCAGGAUGCCAGCGCGAGCAACCAAGGUUUUGGGUCCGAGCUGGGCGUCAACACGCCGCCGUUAACCCCCGCGCCGCAGCCAAAGGCUCCCCACAGGGGGCCCGUCGCUUCUGUGGGGGAUUGGACAAAGUUGCGGGCUCAUGAUCGCACAGUGUCUUGUCCCGACACCAUCCCCACAGGAGGGUACCAUCCUGCCGGGCCACCUGUGGCGGCCCGAGCGCCGCUGGAGCCCUCCUUGGCUGGUGGCGAAGGGGUGGAGCACCAGGGUGGGAUCCGUGGCGACGUUAGGCCACCCCCUCUGGACCAGCCGCACGGUCUGGCAGAGGGCACAGGCCGUGAGAUGCUUCAGAAGGUCGCCACCCUCGAUCGGAGCAUCUCCACCAUGACGGCUCUCGCAGCCACUGUGGCGCCUGGGCACUCUGGGCCUGGCCCCGACGCCAGCAGCACCACCCUGUGCACAAUGCUCCAAGUGUGUGCUGGCUGUCUGGCCAUGGAUGUGCUGGAAGCGCCUGAAUUCAUGCAAAUCCGGAAUUUGCUGGUGAGUGUUCGGCAGCUGUGCAGCCGGCCGGUUCCUGACCCUGGUGGUGAUGCUGGCCCGACUCUGCAGGCCGUCGAGCUCCUGUGUAGAAUGGCGGGAGAAUUGGUCAGGGGCAUGGAGUUUGAGAGUGGGUAG